AUGUCGCUCAGGUUCGGUAAAUGGGAUGCAUUGAAACAAGACAAACAACUCCGGGAUCUUAUGUGCGCCGACUGGGCAUAUCCGCCAAUGCUAUGGACAAAGACCUGCCACGAAGCCAACGGAUAUGCAGGAAGUUCACAUAGCCUCGACAAAGACCAGACGACGUUGGUGGACACCUCGUGGUUCCAGUUCCUGAUCAAGCAGUUGAGAGGCGGCGCAAAUGCCUCGCAGCAAGUCUACGCUUACGACUGGUAUGAGAUGGGAUUUUUCACCUACACUCUCUCCACUGGCGGCUCGGUGGCCUUUUGCAUCGACACCCCACCAGUAUUCCAGGAUGGACUCCUCGAGGCACUCAACUCGCAGGAGAGCCAUCAUCCGCCAAACGAGGGUAUGGGAUUCCUGCAGAGCGCGAUCGUCGCAGAGGUAUCAAGGCUGUACGAUGUCUCGGUGUGGACACUGAGGGAUCAGAUCAGGGAGAUUGAAAAGACCCGAUCCGCCGCUCGCUACGUCGACUCGGUCCUCGAUUUUGCCCAAUUGCAUGACCUCGCUCGACACACCAUUCACACCUGCGAAGUACUGGCCGUGGCCGUCGACACGCUCAACACGCUGUUGGGUGACUACCGUUCUGGUUCCGGGAACGUCUGUGACUGUCGACGUACGACCACCGGCCGUUUGGCAAAGCCAGAUUGCCCCCACAAUGAGAUGCGGUUCUGGCUGGGACUGCUCCAGAACUUUGGGCGACGAGCCACGUCUCUGAACGAGAGGCUGUCCAAUGAGAUCAACCUGGGCUUCAACCUCGUCGUCCAACGGGAUACACGGGAGACGGUCAUGAUUAGCAGGAUGACAGUCGAUAUCAGCAGUGCGGCAAGGAAGGACAGUGCAUCGAUGAAGACGAUUGCAGUGGUUACGCUUGCAUUCCUGCCAGCCACAUUUGUCUGCACCAUCUUCAGCAUGAGCUUCUUCACCCUCAACGUCAACGACACCACGGGCGAGAAACACUGGCUGAUUUCGGACCGAUUCUGGAUCUACUGGGUCAUCACCAUGCCGCUGACGGUUCUGACCUUGAUCUGUUGGUGGUAUGGACAACGCAAGGAGGACCGACGCGAAAAGGCGAGGCAGCCGAGUUGGAAACUUGGUGCCGAGUCGUAG